UGGGUGAUUGACAUGAGCUGCUCCAUAAAAGACAUAAACAAACAAACCAUAGUAGAGUUUGUGAUGGAUGUUGUCAAUGGAUUUCAGAUCAGUGCUGUUCAUAUGAAGACAGGUGGAGUUACAUAUGGUGCUACAGUGUAUAAUAUACAGCGAUUAAGAAAGGGGAGAAAUCGUGCAAUAACGUUAAAAAACUUUGAAAAUAUGGUCACAAUCCCGGCAAGGUGUCAAACCGCAACAGAUGAAGCAUUAGCACAAAUAAAGGAAGAUUAUUUAACUGAGGCAAAUGGCAACCGGCCUGAAUUCCCGGAUGUAAUGAUUGUCAUUACAGAUGGUAACACCUUCCAUGGGAAAAGAGAAGAUAAUGCAGCAUUCUCUAAAAAAACUGUACAAACAGCUACAGAGAUCCGUAAAAUGGGCGUUACCACAUAUGUAAUUGGACUACCAUCAGGGAGGAGAGAUAAGAUCACUGAAGAUAGCUAUAAGGAGUGGUUGGGCAUAGCAGGAGAAGAAAGAAACAUAUUCCUGAUGGCCAACUUUGCACAGCUCAAAGAGGAAGUACUUGACCUAUCAAGUAAAGCUUGUGUUGGGAAGUGAUCUUCUGGCAGUGAAGGAAGACAAAGAUGACAGAAUAUUGACUUUUUAUAAUAUGUUUAAUGCACUAACUUGUAAUAUGUUAAUAGAACAAUUGAAUGCAGUAAAUCUUAUAAAUCUUUUCAA